CUUUCUUCCUUACCUCUCUGUCUCUCUCUCUCUCCCCCUCUCCCUCUCGUCAAUUUCAAGAACUCGUGAGGUGACCGCAGAUAUCCUCUAACUAAUCUUUGAAACUCAACCAAAAGAAGAAGAACAAAAAUUCUACAAAAAAGGAUUUAAGAUGCAACCCACGAGCUCAAUGAAGGAAGAAUUCCUACAGAAAUGGCAAAUGGGCCUUCAGAUAUACCGUCCUUUGAUAGACAACACCAGUGUCUCCGAGAGAAGGAAAGCGAUAAAGCUCUCUGCAGACGUUGCAAUGGCAUCUCUAAGGAGAGGAACAACUUGUUGGAGCCGAGCCCUAAUCCAGAAAACUGCCACCGAGGACAAUUUCCUCGUACGUCAGAUGCUCUCUGGUAUCAAAGCGGAAACGUUAAUCAACAAGAAGUUGCCUAAGGUUAUGUGUCAUAGAAAGAUAGUGAGAAGAAGCAAGAAGAUCUUGAGGAGGAGGAAAUCUAGAUCAGCAAUCGAAGAGGUCGCAGCAAAAGCUAGGAAGCUCGUCAACAAAAAGACUCAAGGAUUAAGAAACGUUGUCCCCGGUGGAGAGUUUAUGAGCAAUGACGUCUUGCUCAUACAAGAAACCUUAGAUUACAUUGUCUCGCUUCAGACACAAGUGAAUGUCAUGAGGAGUAUUGUUGAUGCUGCUGAGGCCGGAAGUGAACGGACCGCGUAUUAUUUGGGGAAACUGAAAUUGCGAUCGAGGAUGGAUAGAAUUUUAUAGUAAGU